AUGAUGCAGUACGCCAUGGAUCCUUACGCGGACGCCUUUGCUCGACCUGCGCCUCCUGGCUUCUUCGGCGUCGGAACCUGCGCUUGGGCCGCUGCAGGCCCUGCUCGUCGACCUCCGCCUCCUGGCUUCUUCGGCGUCGGAGCCUGCGCUCGGGCCGCCGCCGGCCCUGCUCGUCGACCUCCGCGUCCCGGCUUCUUCGGCGUCGGAUCUUGCGCCCGCCCGGCUCGCGACGUACCAGCUCGUCGACCUCCGCCUCCCGGUUUCUUCGGUGCCUGCCGUCCCAGGGUGCUCCCGCCAGCGCCGUGCGAGCUGCCCAUGCCACCAAAGUUCUCAAAGCCCGCGGCGCCGGCACCAGCACCGGUCUCCUGCGUCGCCGCCGCCUCCACAAAGCGUCAGCGGCUGUGCCCUGACUACGAAGACGACAUCCACUGCAACCUCCGGCUGAGAGAGAAGAACGCCGAGGAGCGGCCGCUACCGGACUACCUGAAGAAGGUGCAGCAAGAUCGGGUGAGCGAGUCAGAGCGCGCCUCCCUUGUCGGAUGGAUGGACAAGUUCGUCCGAGACCAUCAUCUUGCCGACGGCACGCUCCACCACGCCGUGGCCUACGUGGACCGGGUCCUGUCGGUGCGUUCCCUGACGGCUGACAGCGGCUACGAGCUGCGCCUUCUGGGUGCAGCGGCCAUCUUUGUCGCCGCCAAAUACGAGGACCAGAGAGCCGUGUGGAAGCUGAAGGCCGACAAGAUCGCCAGCUACGGCGAGUUCGCCACGGGCAAGGAGGUGCUCGACAUGGAGCGCGAGAUGGUGGAGGCGCUCGGGUACCAGCUCGGCGGCCCCACGGCGCACACCUUCCUGGGCCACUUCAUGAGGUACGCCGAGGAGGAGGACAAGACCAAGAUACUGCCAUUGGCGACUCGCCUCGUUGAUCAGUCUCUGCUCGACUACACGUGCGUCCGCAUCUUGCCCUCCGUCGUGGCGGCGUCGGCGAUCUUCCUCGCGAGAUGGGCCCUGAAUCCAGUCGUCGACCUGGCGUGGAACAUGGAGCUGGAGAAGCUGACGGGGUACAACUGCUCCGACUUGACAGCCUGCGUCCUUGUUAUGCGCGUCUUCUCGCGGUCGAUCAUCUGUAACCCUUGUUCUUGAUCAUUGAGGAGACCCACCAAGACACAGCAGUUUUGUACUUAUGAUCUUGUGAAACUUCCUUGUAAUGUUCAAUUCAUGUAUACGAGUAUCGUCUGAGUUUUGUUACAA